AUGUACGAUAAGAAAUCUAUCAUUCUCGGUGAUCUGAGAGAUGUCGUCCUAUGUGAUCUAACAGUUCCGCGAUCUAGGAAUUUCUGGAUAGAGUAUGAAAGUUACAGCACAAAAAAAGAGAAACAAAUACCUCAAAGAACUCUCAAUCGUGGUGGUAACUUCUCAAUUGAGGAGGAAAAAAAUUUAGUCUCCGCUUGGCUAAAUAUAAGCAUAGACGCAGUUCAAGGUACCGAUCAAAAGGCCAAGACAUUUGGGAGCAUAAUUGCAACAACAUACAAUGCAACAAGAUGCCUAAAUCACAAUGUGCAUACGGAACGAUCGUUGAAUAAACUAUGGUCAUCCAUCCAGGUUGUGGUAAACAAGUUUUGCGGAUUUCUUACUCAAGUAGAGGCUUUCCGACCAUCUGAAACCAUAAAGAUUGACAAGUUGGCUAAAAAAAUGUAUCAUGAAAUGACAAAGACACACUUUCAGUUCGAUCAUUGUUGGAAUUUGUUGAGGCAUCAACCAAAGUGGAACAUGCAUAUGAGACAAGCUUCAUUUGGACAAGCUUCCUCCAAACGAAAGCAUGUUGGUACCAACCCCAAACAGACACAAGAUCCAAUCAACUUGGAUGAUGAUAACAUCUUGGGAUCAAUCUCUAUUGACAUGGAGAGACCAACUGGUAGAAAAGCUGAAAAAGAGCGACGAAAGAAAGUGAAGGCCGAUCACAAAAACCUUACAGAUGUCAUAGGUCAAUUGAUAAUCGAUAAGAAGAAAAAGCAUGAAGAUAGAAUGACAUUGGCUAAAAUUGAAAGGCUCAGAGUUGAGAAGGAAUGACAAGACUAUUUAUCGAUCGAGAAUGAAAAGCUUGGAAUUGAAAAAGUUAGAGCAGAAGCUGAUAACCAGAGAGUCGAGGUUGAAAAGCAGAGAGUAAUUACAAAGGUGGAGAAGUUGGAGCUACAAAAGAGAGAGAAAGAGUUUCAGAUAAUGAUGAUCGAUUUGAAUACGUUGAAUGAGAUACAACGUGAACACGUGAAAUCACAACAAAUCGAGAUCAUGCUAGACGUCAUCAGUGAUUGGCUUACUAUGUUUGUUUAUAUUGGGAUGUUUGAAUGAUGGACGUAUAAACUUACUUGUAGUCUAUGGAUUAUUCCAACUUAUAAUAGUUUUGGUUAAUUUUAUUUUU